UUGGAUGAUGGGGGUGAUGGAGAUGAUGAUGAUUGGGAUGAGGGGAAUGAUGUGGAUGAUGAGGAUGAUGGAUGUGAUGAGAUGAUGGAGAUUAUGGGGAUGAAUGGUGUGAUGGGGAUGAUGGAGAUGAUGGUGAUGAUGGGCAUGAAUGGGGAGAUGGGGAUGAUGUGGAUGAUGGAGAUUAUGGAGAUGAUGGGGAUGAUGGAGAUGAUGGAGAUGAUUGGGAUGAUGGGGGUGUAG